AUGGAUUUUCACAACAAUACAACACACCGUCUACGAUCGGACCUCAUGGAUCAGACCACAAAUUCACUCAUACCAUAUGCCUUGGUCACUCUAAUGGCUGUCAUGGUAUACUGGUCUCAAUUCACACAACCGAAGGAUUUGCUCAACCCACGAAAAGCAUUUGAGUUCAGCAACAUACCACGACUCAAACGAUAUAUGGAAAACAGCAACAGUCUUGAAAUUCUUGCUGCUGGGGCCGCGCGAUUUGCUGAGAAGCCGUAUAGACUGUUUUGCGAAUGGGGAGAGUUAACGAUUCUUCCUCCUCAAAUGAUCGACGAAAUCAAGAGCGACAAGAGAUUUGACUUUGGAGCAGCGGCUAGUGAUGACAAUCACGCCUAUAUUCCUGGAUUUGGUGCUCUUAUGCAUGAUCCUGUUAUGCCAAAGGUCAUCGGACGACACUUGACCAAAGCUUUGGCCAAGCUAACGAGUCCCUUGUCGGAUGAAGCCGCCCUAGUUAUGCAGAGUGUUAUUACUGACUCAACUGAAUGGCAUACUCUCAAUCUUAACGAGCAUAUCUCGACCAUUGUUUCACGCAUGUCUUCCCGAGUAUUCAUGGGUGAAGAACUUUGCCGAGACGAAGGAUGGAAUAACGCCAGUGCGUACUACACCAGGAAAACGUUCGAGGCCAUGAUGAUUCUCUGCAUUAUUCCUCGAUGGUUGCGACCUUAUAUCCACUGGGUUCUUCCUCAAUGCCGAGAAGUUCGACGAGCAUUGACCGCUGCCCGCAAAGAACUAAACCCUCAUAUUGAACGUCGAGAGCAAAUCAAGGCCGAGGCAUUGGCCAGAGGAGAGAAACCUCCCUUCGAUGAUGCGAUUGAAUGGUUCGCUCAGUCAGGAUCGGAACUACCUCCUGCCGAUUGCCAAAUUGCGCUGACCCUUGCUGCUAUCCACACUACUACCGACCUCCUAUCGCAGACAAUGGUUAACAUUGCUACAUAUCCCGAGGUUUUCACAGCUCUGAGGGAAGAAAUCAUUCGAGUCCUGUCAGAGCAAGGUUUGAAGAAGACAGCGCUGGCUGAUCUCAAACUAAUGGAUAGCUUCUUGAAGGAGACACAACGGAUGAAGCCCAUUCUUAUAGGAUGGAGAAGACGGGCCCUCGAAGACGUUACGCUUUCAAAUGGAACAACUGUCAAGAAAGGCAACAAGGUGGUAGUCACAGCCAACCACAUGUGGAGUGAUGAAAACUACAACAACGCCAAGACAUUUGACCCUUACCGGUUUGUUCCAAAGGACAAUGAACAAAUGUCUUACUUGGUGAAUACAAGUCCAAAUCACCUCGGAUUCGGUCACGGUUUGCACUCUUGCCCGGGACGUUGGUUUGCCUCCAACGAAGUCAAGAUCGCACUUUGCCAUUUGCUUCUGAAGUAUGAUUGGAAGCAUGUCGAUGGCAAGAGGCCUGAGCCCGUGGCCUUUGGCAUGGCUUAUGUAGCCAACCCUGAAGCAAAGCUACUUAUUAGAAGGCGGAAAGAGGAGCUUGAUUUGAGUACUUUGGAGUAUUGA